AUUUCAAUGAACCUCACUUCAUUACCAUGUUGACGAUUCCGACGGAAACAGCCAUUUAAUCUGCUACCAAAGCUUUUACUUUAUUCAAUAAGUACUAAGAUAUUACAUUCUUCUGAAAAAAAGUAAAAUUAAAAACCGAGUAAAAUAUUUAUCCAUGAUAAUUAAAAAAUUAAGUACCUAACACAGUGAGGUAACACCUCCCCGACAAAUGUAUUAGUGCGCUUUUAAUAUUAAGCAGACCGAAUAAUAAAAUAUUUAAAAAAAAAAAAACGAUUUUUUUUUGGAUUUUUAAAUCUUUCUUACUUGUGAAGAUGAAUUUGCCUAAUAACAUAAAUCAAAUCGGAAAGAAGUGUGAUUUUGAAACUGCAUUAAAUGUAACUGGGUUUGGUAAAUACAACUUGGCGCAACUGGUAAUAUGCUGUCUUUUGAUCCUGGCGAUGUACAUCGACAUCUUCGGCUUCUCCGUGGCGCUGCCCAGCGUAGCGUGCGACAUGCAGCUCAACACUGCCCAACAGGGCCUGCUCUCUGCUGUGCCGCUAAUUGGUGUGAUGAUAUCUUCGUACGCCUGGGGCCUCUGCGCUGACACGCUGGGAAGACGGACAACUCUGCUGUUCGCGAUGCCAGCAGGAAUGCUUCUGAACCUGGGAGCCAGUCUUGCGCCGAACUACGCCGCUUUAGCUGCACUGAAGUUCUUCUCAGCAGGCUUCACCUCAUCAGCGAACGCCGCUGGGUUUGUUCUCCUGGGGGAGAGUGUUCCGAACAGGUUCCGGGGACGAUUCAUGUUCCUCAUGGCCAGCGCAACCAUGUACGUGCAGCUCGUCAUUUGUGUGAUCGCGUUACCAAUCACCAGCACAUCUUUCACCAUCGACGUCUCCUGGCUGGGUCUCACCUACCGACCGUGGCGGCUACUCCUCCAAGUCAUCUGCAUACCGGGUAUCAUCGGAGCCAUUGGCAUGUUCUUCUUAAAGGAAAGCCCUAAGUUUCUCUUGAGCAAGGGAAAGGAGGAAGAUGCUAUUGAUGUUCUGAAAGUCAUUUAUGUGUGGAAUCGAGGAUUGGAUAGAGAUACGUACCCGGUAAAAUCAAUAUUCCUAGAAGAGACAUCGAUGGCAGACAACGGGCACGUGUCGUUUCUGCGCAAGAUAUGGAAUCAAACGGCACCACUCUUCCAGCCGCCGCUGCUUAAGAACUCCCUCAAACUCUACUACAUCUUACUCUGCGCUUAUAUGACAUCCACCGGUUACACUAUGUGGGUGCCAACAAUGACGAACGCAUAUUUCGAUGGUGAGGACAGAACUGGUAAAGUGUUCUGCGAGGUGGCCAGUACAGCUGCUACGUCGACGUCCAACGACACGUCCACAACUGACUGCGACAGCGUCAUUAAGCCGAUGACUCUCUACGCGGUCAUGUGCUACUCUGGCAUUUCUGGCACCCUGAAUAUCAUGUUAACCUUCAUUGUUGGACCCCUGGGCAAGAGAAGAACCACUAUCCUAGUGUUCGCGAUCGCCAUCGUCAGUGGAAUAGUUCUGCUGUUCAUCAGGAUACCACUCAUGAGCAUUGCACUGUUCUACUUCUUCCUCUACGUGGCGCUCAUUUUGGGAAAUGUUAACACUUAUUUGGUGGAGCUGAAUCCUACGUAUUUGAGAGGCAUGGCUACGUGUCUGUCGGUGGUGGUGGCGCGCGGCUUCGGGUUCUUCAGCGUGCAGCUCAUCGCGAGCCUGCUGGCCGACCACUGCACGCCCAUGAUCGCCGGGUACAUCGUGCUUAUUGCAUGUGAGUUUUUUUGACUGGACUCUUCGUAUCGUUCUUCUUGCCGCCAGACAAACCGACAUCCAACAAAGAAAACAUUGAAAGCACCAAAUUAUAAUAUUAACUAAAUGGUUUAGGUAAAAUAAUAGAUAAUUCGUGUGGAUACUAACUUUUUGUAAAGAUUAAAUUUUAUGAAAUGA